GCAGGGUGACAGCGACGGUGGAGCGUUGUUUCAGGCGGCUCCUGGACCGUUAACAAACGGACAGAACGACGGGGCCGCUGCAUUCAGCAUAUGGACGGAAAAGCUUCGUAAAGAUGUUCGGUGCCGGCUCCAGCAGGAGAUUUCCAAAUUGCAGACGGUGAAAUUGUUGAUGGAAUUCUUUGAGGAGUGACAUGUGCUGUGGAUAAAGGGAGCCUGAUGAUCUCUUGUUCUUGGCUUUCCUGAAGGCAUUUCACAAGGUACCAUGGAAAAGGAUAUUGGAAGGAGAGGAUUUACAGUCGGGGAAACUGCAACCGAUCAGGAUUUCAGUGUGGCCCAAUUUGGUGUAACCUGAAUCUCAUUGGGUUUUGAACAUGGAAGGAGAAUACACUGUUGACAGCGGUCAGAAACUGUACAUGUGUGAUGUGUGUGCACGAGCAUUCAGCCGAUCAUCUGACCUCUCGAAACAUAAACGGAGUCACAAGGAGAAACUGUGGAAAUGUGGGGACUGUGGGAAUGGAUUCAGAUCCUCGACUGAACUGGAAAUUCAUCGGCGCAGUCACACUGGGGAGAAACCAUUCUCCUGCUCUGAAUGUGGCAAGGGAUUCAGUCAGAAAUCCCACCUGCUGAGACACCAGCGAGUUCACACUGGGGAGAGACCAUUCUCCUGCUCUGAGUGUGGGCAGGGAUUCACUAAUUCCUCCAACCUGCUGAUACACCAGCGAGUUCACACUGGGGAGAGGCCGUUCAUCUGCUGUACGUGCGGCAAGGGAUUCACUUUGGCUUCCAGCCUCCAGACUCAUCAACAAAUUCACACUGGGGAGAGGCCAUUCACCAGCUCCUAGUGUGGGAGGGGGAUUUUUUGACACAUCCAGCUUGAUGACACGUGGGUGAAUUCACACUGAUGAGAGAGUGUUUACCUGUUCCCACUGAGUCAGUUCAGAUAAAUGACUGUACAUCAGCAGAUUGUCUGUGGAGAAGCUGAGUGAGGGGAUUCACUGAAUCUGCCACCUUGUGGACAGUUCACACUGGGGAGAGGCUGUUCACUUUCUCUGUGUCAGGGAAGGGAUUCAUUGAGUUAUGGAAACUGCUGAAAUGUCAGUGAGAUCCUGAGUAACUGCCGUGAUGAAGGAUGUAUAAUUUAUAUAAAUUUCAGUUUGGAAGUUGGCUUUUAUAAUAGUGACACUGAAUUUGGUUCAUUUUCUGAAAGUUUUCUUUGAAAGAAAAAGUGUGAAUCCUUGUGAAACAGUGACCUUCCUCCAGCACUGCUCAGAAUGCAAGUGGCUGUGGAGCCCCAUGUGGAGUGAAUGGGAAAUUGUUUAGACUCUUGUUGAUUUGCAAUGGAUGAGCAAACAUCAAAGGACAUUAUCUUGUUUUCAGUUCAGAGUAAUCAAGGAUUGAUUUUUCUUUAUAAACCCAGGGUUAGAAGGUAUUUUGUUUAGUUUGGAGAUAGGACUAAGAUCAGAAUCAAGUUUAGUCUGUCUACUAUAGAGAGCUCAGAAUAAUUCAGUGGAAACAAAAGAACAAAAAGUUACCUGAGUAGAACUUCUGAGGAGGGUUUGGUUUGAGCUGUGAUGGUAUUAGAAGCGGAAAAUGUUUAUUCUCUGAAAUUUGAGAGUAUUCCUGAAAGAAAAUUCCAUAGUUCACAGGAUGUGUUUGGGCCAAACCAGUUCAGAUAUAAUUUAGAGAUUUAAUAUUUGAUGUAAUUUCUCUGGAUUUAAACCUGUGUAAAUAAAUACGGGCACACAGUUGCAGCAGGUAAUCAGGAAGGCUUGUGGAACAAUGGCACUUUAAAUCUCCAAUUUUCUUGAAAUAAAGUUGGGAUGUCUUCCUGCAACUGUCCAAGGUGCUGGUGAGACCACAUCUCGAAUGCUGGGAAUAAUUUUGGCCCCCUUAUGGAAGGAAAGGUAUUAUUUCAUUGGAGGUGGUUCAGAGAAUGUUCUCCAGGAUAUUCCUUUGUAUGGAGGGACUGUCAUGUGAGCAAAGGCUAAACUUUGUGGGAGUCUACUCACUGGAGUUCAGAAGAAUGAGAAGUGAUGAAACGUAUUAAAUUAGGCUUGAAAGGGUAAAUGUUGAGAGGAUUUUUCACUUGCUGGAAGAAUCUCUGUCCAAAGUGCAUUGUCUCAGAAUAUAGGGCCACCACCAAUUUAAGACAGAUGAGGAGGAAUUUCUUCUGUGGAGCGUUGGGAGCCUGUGGAACUUGUUGCCACAGAACAGGGAGGCAAAGUCGGGCCUAGUCUAAAAUGAAGGCUGAUGUAGAUUCUUGAUGAAGAAUUAUGGGAAAAUCACAGGAAAGCAGCCAUGAAGAAUGUCAGAUCAGCCCUGAUUCUGUACAAUGGCAGAGCAGGCUCAAGGGACCAAAUGGUGCUGUUGAGAAAUAUUGUUAUUGUUGAGGAACAUUGUUUUUCUCUCUGUUUUUGUCUUGCGUAAUUACAAUUUGUCUUUUUUGAUUUUGCUGAAGAAUCUCUGCAGCGUCACAUGACUGACCACCAUGUCAACCAAAAUAAAAGAGUAUCUCACUUGGAGAUAGUCAGACACACAAUUAAACUGUCACCCAAUGUACCAGAAGAUGUGGAAAUAAAGUGUCAUCCGGUAUAAAAUAAUAAAUGAAAUUCAAUUCCACCUGA